AACUUUACGAACUAAGUUCGAUUUCCUCAUAAUUUUUUACGAGAACAUAUGAUUGUCGGUCCACGAGGUCAUUCUCGUCAUUUCCAACUCCAAAUCAAAUCAAAUCUACCACACUUCUCCAUUUCUCACUGGCUUUCUUUCACUCAACAAUGUCGCUCCAAAUCAUCCCCAAAUUGCUAACUCUCUGCAAAAACCCUAAUUUGAGCUUCAGCUGACACGGAAGCCAGAGAUGAUUCAAGGAGCUCCUUCAUCUUUUCUGCAAUGGAGAAUCACAACAGACUUGCUCACCUCUUCCUUCUCCUCCUGUCUCUAACUGCUCAUAUCCUGCCCAAAUCAGCUUCUGCAGAAAUCAAGGCGCAGCAAGACAAAGAGCCUUUCGUGGGGGUGAACAUCGGCACGGAUGUUUCCAAUUCGCUGUCAGCUGCAGAUUUAGUUGCUUUUCUGCAGUUGCAGAAGAUUACUCAUGUGAGACUGUAUGAUGCAAAUGCAGAGAUUCUCAAGGCGCUUUCCCGAACCAAGAUUAGAGUCAUCGUCAGCGUGCCCAACAACCAGCUCCUCGCCAUUGGCUCCUCCAACGCCACCGCCGCCACCUGGAUUGGCCGCAAUGUGGCUGCGUUCUACCCUCAAACCCUCAUCACCGCCAUCUCCGUCGGAGAUGAAGUCUUGACCACUAUCCCCGGCGCUGCCCCUUUGCUCAUGCCGGCCAUCGAGUCUCUCUACAGCGCGCUCGUGGCUGCCAAUCUGCACACUCAGAUCAAAAUCUCCACUCCUAAUUCGGCCUCGGUGAUUCUCGACCCAUUCCCACCUUCCCAGGCCUUCUUCAACCAGAGCUUGAGUCCUGUUCUAACCCAGCUGCUACAGUUUCUGUCGAGGACGCAGUCGCCGCUGAUGAUGAAUUUGUAUCCUUACUAUGUCUUUAUGCAGAACAAAGGGGUCGUGCCCUUGGCAAACUCUCUUUUCAAGCCGCUGACGCCAUCUAAAGAGAUGGUCGAUCCCAACACUUUGCUGCACUACACUAAUGUUCUCGAUGCCAUGAUAGAUUCAGUCUACUUCUCUAUGAAGAAUCUCAAUGUCACUGACGUCGUGGUGCUUGUCUCCGAAACCGGCUGGCCUUCCAAGGGGGAUUCCAAGGAGCCUUACGCUACCGCUGACAAUGCGGAUACCUAUAACUCCAACUUGAUCAAGCACGUUCUUGAUCGCAGUGGCACGCCGCUGCAUCCUGAGAUCACUUCCAGUGUAUACAUAUAUGAGCUGUUCAAUGAGGACUUGAGAUCGCCUCCCGUCUCAGAGGCCAACUGGGGUCUCUUCUAUGGGAAUUCCACUCCGGUUUACUUGCUUCACGUGUCGGGAAGUGGCACUUUUUUGGCAAAUGAUACUACGAAUCAGACGUAUUGCAUAGCCACGGAUGGUGUUGAUGCGAGGACGCUGCAGGCUGCUCUGGAUUGGGCUUGUGGGCCGGGGAGGGCGAAUUGCUCCGAGAUUCAGCCGGGGGAGAGCUGUUACCAGCCUAACAAUGUCCACAAUCAUGCUUCCUAUGCAUUUGAUAGCUAUUAUCAGAAGGAAGGGAGGUCCUCUGGUUCUUGUGACUUCAAGGGUGCUGCCAUGAUCACCACAACGGAUCCUAGUGAGCGAAUUUACAUGUAUAUGGUGCAGCAAAAUUGUGAGUAAUAGGACAAGUGAAGUAGUGAACGCAACACAGGCCAGUGGUGGUGGCAGAGUGGUAAUGGUGGUGGGCUUAGACUUGACACAAACGAGUGUGGUACACAUGCUCUAUGGUGUCGUCUCCUUCUUGUUUUAUUGCUCAUUCCUUUGAUGAUGAUUUAAGUGUAGAGGGUAUCAAUAAAACUAGAUGGAAUACUUGUCCCUUCUUCUUUUUGCUCAUAAUAAGUGCAAUUUUUAGAAUGUAUUCUUGCUAGCUAUUAUUAUUAUCUCUUAGAGGGCAGUCCAUUUGAUUCUUUCAUGCUUCUUUUGUAAAAAAACUAUUGUCACCUACUUUUAUUUAUGAGUAAAAGCUCGUUUCUUGGUUUCA